UGCCAUUUCUAUGACGUCAUGGGCGGAGUUUAGUUGAAGAUCGAAUUCGGAUUCGGUUGGCGGGCGCGGCCAUCUUGGUGAAUUAGUGACCUGGCGAUUCGGUUUUAGUUAGUGAAAAAUCAUUUGUCAUCCACAAUGUCGGAAAGGGAAGAUAAUGUGUAUAAAGCAAAGCUAGCCGAGCAGGCUGAGCGCUAUGAUGAAAUGGUGGAGGCCAUGAAGAACGUGGCUUCGCGCAACGUGUCCGACAACGAGCUGACGGUGGAGGAGCGCAACCUGCUCUCCGUCGCGUACAAGAACGUGAUAGGGGCGCGCCGGGCCUCCUGGCGGAUCAUAUCCUCUAUAGAACAGAAGGAAGAAACAAAAGGCGCGGAAGACAAACUGAACAUGAUCCGAGCGUACCGCAGUCAGGUGGAGAAGGAGCUCCGGGACAUCUGCUCCGACAUCCUCAGCGUGCUCGACAAACAUCUCAUACCCAGCUCGCAGACCGGCGAGUCCAAAGUGUUCUACUACAAGAUGAAGGGUGACUACCACCGGUACCUGGCGGAGUUCGCGACGGGCAACGACCGCAAGGAGGCGGCGGAGAACUCGCUGGUCGCGUACAAGGCCGCCUCCGACAUCGCCAUGACCGAGCUGCCCCCCACGCACCCCAUCCGCCUCGGACUCGCCCUCAACUUCUCAGUAUUUUACUACGAAAUCCUGAACAGCCCGGACCGCGCGUGCCGACUGGCCAAGGCGGCCUUCGACGACGCGAUCGCUGAGCUCGACACACUCUCCGAGGAGAGCUACAAGGACUCCACCCUCAUCAUGCAGCUGCUGAGGGACAACCUCACCCUCUGGACCUCCGACAUGCAGGGCGACACAGAGUCCGGUGAAGCCGAACAGAAAGAGCAAGCACAAGACGUGGAGGAUCAGGACGUGUCGUAAUACUGUUAACAUUCUAUUUAAAUAUAAAAAAAAUAACUAUAGUAUGAUAUCGAGCCAGCCCUCAAUGACCACGGCCAGGCUCCGCCCAGCCGCGUCAGCAAAUUGUCAGUUCCCGGUCAGUCGCGACAUUUUUGUUUAUGUAUCGUGUCAAAUUAUCUAUGAGUAAUAUACAUUUUAAAUAUGUACUUCUUUUGAUAUAUUUGUUUUCAACUACGAAAAAAAAAAUAAUGUUUAAGAAAAGUACUUUGGUAUUGCAUUUUAACUGUAUGUUCUUAAGGAUGUAUUUUCUUAACGUUCACCGAUGAUCUCGUGCAGUCUCGCUUCUCGCAAUCUGUCACUCGAUGCUGCUCUUCUAAGGUGGGAAUUGUAAAUUUUCUAAGUAUUUUAUACCGUGUGUAAAAUUAAUGUAUUUACUCUGUUGAGAUUCGGGCACCAUAGCGGAAAUGUUUAAUGAAAUGAUAAUUUAAUUUGAUUGAUGUACACUAGGUAUUGUCUGAUGAAUCUGGUCGCACAAACCGGACGAGUCUUCCGCGCCUCGUGUAUCAGAUCAUUGAUUGAUAUAUUUUAACGAUAACAUUACUUAUUAGGGUGGUAUAAUGUAGUUACUUGCAAUAUUUAGCUAAGUGAUAGUGGCGUCACCCUGUUGGUCUUUAUGUAUCUAUCGUAUUGAGCGUACUACUUGUAUUUAUUGCGAAAAUUUUGUGUAAAUUGUGACUACUGUGUAGUACCGUUUGAACAAAUGAUUUGCAUCGUGGAGGCCGGAGUGGCUCCCGCUUGUUCGUAUUACAAAGUUUGAAGUAUUCACAUUUGAAUUGCUUUAAUUACUUACGAGUAUUGUGAUAGAGAUUUUGUAUAUUUUAAUUUAUUUUUUUUAAUUUCGCAUGUUUCUGAAAAUUGCUGUAGCGCUACUUCUCUUACGAUUUUUACAGGACAAACGGUAGAUCUAAAGUUGUGCUAGGUUAAGGUAAGCACUUGUAACUCGGGACCUGGUCUAUGCCUACUGAGACAUUCCAUCUUCCGACAUCUCCGACGUAGUGCGGCAUAGCGUUGUGGAUCAAGUGCGUGCCCAGUAAGAUAUUAGCGUUAUUUUAUUUUGAAUUUGUAAUAUUGCAUAUAUUUUGUUAAUUUAUCCACAAAAAUACUGAUGCAAUUAGCCUUAGUGUUAUGCAAUAUUGAUUUAUGUCCUACCAACUACAUGGAAAUUUAUUGUAAAUGACAGUGUAAAUCUAAUAAUAAACAUUCAAAAAGUCCA